AUGGCGCCGGAGGAGGAUGCAGAGACCCAGACCCUGCUACAGAGUUUCGAGCGCCGCUUCCUGGCCGCCCGCGCGCUGCGCUCCUUCCCUUGGCAGGUUCUAGAAGAGAAGUUAAAGGGGCCAACAGGUUCUGAGGUGCUGCUGGGCAUUUUGCAAAAGACCGUGAGGCACCCCAUGUGCAUGAAGCACCCACCUUCGGUGAAGUACAGGCGGAGCUUCCUGUCUGAGCUCAUCCGCAGGCAUGAAGCCACACAAUCGGAACCCCUGGACAAGCUGUAUGAGGCACUAGCGGGAGUCCUGACUGCCCAGGAAGGCCCAUCGCACCACCGGACCUACCUACUGCCCUCAGGGGACUCGGUUACACUCGUGGAGAACCCGGCCAUCGUGUCCCACGGUACCACAGGCCUGGUCACCUGGACCGCUGCCCUUUACCUCGCCGAGUGGGCCCUGCAGAACCCAGACACCUUCGCACACAGGUCGGUGCUGGAGCUGGGCAGUGGAGCUGGCCUCACCGGCCUUGCCAUCUGCAAGGGCUGCCAGCCCAGUGCCUUCGUCUUCAGCGAUGGCCACCACCACGUCCUCCAGCAGCUCCGGGCCAAUGUCCUGCUCAAUGGCCUCGUACCAGAGACUGACCUGGCCAGCCCCCACCCCCAUGACACCAAGCAGCCCCGUGUGGCAGUGGCGCAACUGGACUGGGACGUGGUGACGGGCCCUCAGCUCGCUGCUUUCCAGUCAGACAUUGUCCUUGCUGCAGAUGUGCUGUACUGCCCAGAGACCACGCACUCCCUGGCCAGGGCCCUGCAGCGGCUAGCUGAGUGUUGGGGACACCAGGAGGCUCCUGUUGCCUAUGUGGCCUUUACUGCACGCAACCCAGAAACUUGCCAGCUGUUCGUCGAGGAGUUGGGCCUGGCUGGGAUCCCAUGGGAAAAGGUGCCUCAGCACAGCCAGAGUCUGUUUCCCUAUGAGGAAGAGCAGGUGGAGACUGCGAUCCUGAAGCUGACGCUUAGAGUCCCCAGCAAUGCAGGAGACCACCCAGCCCAGGAUGUAAUCUCCCUGGAGACACACGGGGAACCCCAAACGUUCAAAUAAAGUCUGUGUU